CAGGAGACGUCGCUCCCGCGGCAGGACGCGCGCUCGCAGGACGCUUCCUCUCCGCGCUACUGCAGAGAGACAGAGAGACACAGAGAGAGAGAGAGAGAGAUAGAGACACACCGCACGUACACGUACAUACUCGCUCGAGAGAGAUAGAGAGGGAGAGGGUUGCGCGCGCGCUGCCGCGUUCGCGUCGCCGAUAUCUCGCCGUGAUGUAUCCGAGCAGCGGCAGCAGGAGCAGCGGCUCUAGGAGGCUCGGCGACGAGGACUCGGACGACGCUGCCAGCGCCGCCGUCGUCGUCGGGGACGAGCUGCAGUGGCUGCGGUACUACUGAUUUCGCGUGGACAGAGACGGAAUUAUUGCUCGCCGAGAAGACAGAGAGAGAGAGAGAGAGAGAGAGAGCAGCGACACAGACAUUGCACUGACAGCCAUACACGCAGUGAGCAGCGGCCCGUGAGGAGGCUGCGCCACACCGGCCAGCGAGACGUCGUCGGCGACGUGUGACCACAAGGCGACUAGGACGACGGGCAGCGGGAGAGCGGAAGAGGAAGAGGGAGGAGGAGGAGGAGGAGGCGGAGUAGGUGCAGCCGUCGGCGCAGCGACUCGCAGCAUCAGCAGCCAAAGUAGCCGCAGCAGCUACAGCGGCCGCCAUGCCAGAUUCCGAGCGCCCCUGGCCCGCCGCCGCCGCCGCCAUCGCCUAGGACUUGACCAAACUCCAGGCUUUCGCAAUGUGGCCUGGAGCACUACCGUUGAUAGCGUUACUGGCACUUCUGCUACAUCCAGCGAGAUGUGGGCAGCAGAACAGCAAGAUGAACUUUCGGGAGAAGGAGAAGCAGGUGCUAGACAAUAUCCUCGGCCCCGGCAGCUACGACGCCCGCAUAAGACCGAGCGGCGAAAACGGAACAGGAAUACUCCGUACAGCUGACAUUCCGAGAACAAUGGGUUGACGAAAGACUCCGAUUUAACGACUUCGGUGGGAAACUUAAAUAUCUGACUCUCACCGACGCGAGUCGAGUAUGGAUGCCCGAUCUGUUCUUCGCGAACGAGAAGGAGGGACACUUUCACAACAUCAUCAUGCCCAACGUGUACAUUCGAAUUUUUCCGGACGGUUCGGUGCUGUACAGCAUACGAAUAUCGCUGACGCUGUCCUGUCCGAUGAAUCUCAAACUCUAUCCUCUCGAUCGUCAAAUAUGUUCUCUGCGAAUGGCCAGCUACGGAUGGACAACGGCGGAUCUGGUGUUCCUCUGGAAGGAGGGCGACCCCGUCCAGGUGGUGAAGAACUUACACCUACCCAGAUUCACGCUCGAGAAGUUUUUAACGGAUUACUGUAACAGCAAGACAAACACAGGGGAGUACAGCUGUCUGAAGGUGGAUUUGCUCUUCAAAAGAGAGUUCAGCUACUAUCUCAUCCAGAUUUACAUACCCUGCUGUAUGUUAGUCAUCGUCUCCUGGGUGUCCUUCUGGUUGGAUCAAAGCGCCGUACCGGCUCGUGUGUCCUUGGGAGUGACGACCCUGCUGACGAUGGCGACGCAGACGUCCGGAAUAAACGCCUCGCUGCCGCCCGUAUCCUACACGAAAGCCAUCGACGUGUGGACGGGCGUCUGCCUGACCUUCGUGUUCGGCGCGCUGCUCGAGUUCGCCCUGGUGAACUACGCGUCGCGCAGCGACAUCCAUCGCGAGAACAUGAAGAAGAAGUACCAGGAGAUGGAGCAUUCGACGUCCGUCGAUCCGGCCUCGGAACCCUUCGAGCCGGACGCUGCCGCCAAUUUCGCCAUGAAGCCUCUGGUACGGCAGGCGGAGGACAGCAUGUCGAUGGAGAAGAUGCGGCAGUGCGAGAUACACACGCAACCGCCGAAAAAAAACUGCUGCAGGUCGUGGCUGUCCAAGUUCCCGACGAGGUCCAAGCGCAUCGACGUCAUCGCGCGGAUAAUAUUCCCCCUCGUUUUCGCGCUGUUCAAUCUCGCGUACUGGUCAACGUACCUAUUUCGAGAGGAAGCGGAUGGCGAGUAAGCCUCGACGAGGACGCGCUCGGAUCAAGAGACGUGGCACGCGGCCACCUCUAUUACUCCCAGCCCCGGACUGCCACGACGCAGCAGGCAGCCUCGUCGUCAUCGGCCUCGGCGACGGCCAACGCGGCCGCGGGCCCGCUCGCGGGCAGCGGCUCGGCCGUCGUCGGCCAAGGCCCCCCAAACACCACCGGCACCAGUAGCCGACCCCCCAGAGCCCCCCACAAGCACCACACCCACCACCACCAUCACCACCACCCCCACCACCCCCACCACCAUCACCACCACCACCACCACUCCGGCAGCGCCGGCAGCGGCCGUCAGCAGCCAGCUGACGACGACUCGCCGACCCCAUCCCCCUCGCCGCCCCACUCCCAGUCCUCCCACCGGUCCACCUCCUCCCACCACCAGCACCACCACCACCGCGUCCAGCAGCAGCAGCAGCAGCACCGCUCGCACUCGCCCUCGUCGUCGUCGGUGACG